GGUCGGUACAGCAACGUUAUCUGCGGUACACCUUCUUACACAUGGAAGCGUGCCUUCAAUCCUCCUACCCUCCUCUCUCUCUCACACACAUAAAUAUAUAUCUCCAAACGAGGCGGCAAUUAGCCCGCUAGACAUCUCGCCACGAUGCGCUCCUCCUACCUCUCCACCGUCUCCGCCACGCUCAUCUGCGCCGCUGCCCUCCAGUCUGUCAUCAUCGCCUCCCCUGCCGUCCCCGCCGAGGAGAUCCGCUACAAUGCGCUCGGUAACAUGGUUUGGGACGCCACCAGCGACGGACUUCAGCAGGCCAUGGACGAGUUGCCGUCGCUCGGUCGCCCCGACUUUUCCGGGCUGAGGGUCAAGGAGAUGGAGCAUGCCUUCAUCACCAAGCUCGCCGAGGUCGAGGAGGACGCCGCCGGCAUGCUCGAAUCGAUGCAUGACCUGCUCAGCGAUGGGUUCAAGCUCCUCGAGGACAAGGCCAACAGCUUCCUCCACAGAGGUAAGGUGCUCGUCGACGGCAUCGAGUACGACAAGCUCGUCCACCCCUUCUUCCCCGACUACGCCCUGCGUAUCACCUCCCAGCCGGGCCUCCGUGGCGUCCCCUCGCAUAUGCGCGAGUCCAUCGCCUCCAAGGCUUCCUUCUGCGACCCAGAUGUCUACUCGGUCUCCGGGUACCUCGACAUCUCCGAGACCAAGCACCUGUGGUUCAUCUUCUUCGAGUCGCGCAACAACCCAAAGAAGGACCCUCUCGUCCUCUGGCUCAACGGCGGACCCGGCUGCUCGUCCUCUACCGGUCUGCUCUUCGAGCUUGGCCCCUGUUCAAUAGCCGAUGAGCGCUCGACCAAGAACAACCCGCACAGCUGGACCAACAAGGCAAACAUGAUCUUCCUUGACCAGCCCGCCUCCGGCGUCGGCUACAGCUACUCGGAGGAGGGCACGAUCAACAACACGCCAGCGGCGGCGGUGGACAUCUACGCGUUCCUGCAGCUGUUCAUGCAAAAGUUCCCCAAGUACGCCUCACUGCCGUUCCACAUGGCUGCCGAGUCGUACGGAGGCAUGUACCUGCCUAACUUCAGCAACUAUAUCUGGAAGCAGAACCAGGCGCUGCGUUCCGUCGCGGCAUCGGCGUCCGCGCACAAGGCUACCAAGCACGCCGUCGCGCCGCAGCACAUCAACCUCACCUCGGUCCUGAUCGGCAACGGCCUCUCCGCGCCGGCGAUCCAGUUCCCGUCGGUGGUGGACUUUGCGUGCGGCAAGGACAACGAGUACCGUAUGUUCGACCCGGAGAGCAGCCAAUGCGUCGCGAUGACGAGCAAGGCCAAAACGUGCCGCAGCCUGAUCGAGAGCUGCUACAAAUACAACAACUCGUUCACGUGCACCCCAGCCGCACUGUACUGCUGGAGUGGCAUGUACAGCCCGAUGCAGCAGUCUGGGCUGAACCUGUACGACGUGCGCCGCUCGUGCGACCGCGACCCGUCCAAGGACGGGCCGCUAUGCUACAAGCAGAUGGAGUACAUCCAGACGCUGAUGAACAAGCCCGAGAUCAAGAAGCAGCUGGGCGUGCCCAGCAAGGUCGACUUCCAGAGCUGCAACAUGCAGGUCAACCAAGCAUUCCUCCUUCACGGCGACUCAAUGCAUGACGCGGCGAGCCUGCUCAUCCCCCUCAUCGAGGAUGACAUCCGUGUGCUUAUCUACGCUGGAGAGACCGACGCGAUGUGCAACUGGAUUGGCAACUACCAGUGGGUCCAGGCGCUCGACACGUCUUACGCUUCCGAGUUCGCCGCCGCACCCGAGGCCGAGUGGCUCGUCAACGGUAAGAACGCUGGCUUCGUGCGCACCGCCACUGGCUCUUCCUCCAGUAGCAAGACAUUCGGCAACCUCGCCUUCCUCAAGGUCGCCAAGGCCGGCCACAUGGUGCCGUACGACCAGCCAGAGGCGGCGGCGGACAUGUUCGAAAAGUGGCUUGCGAACGAGGCGCUCGACACGAUGUGAUCUUCCCUGUCCCCAUGUGGUCAUUUGCACCGCUCUCGAUGCGGCUUUCGGGUCCGCAACACGCGUCACACGAGUCAAGAAUUCUGGAUGUAGCCUGGACACACCCUUUUGUAACGACGAUCAAUAAAUAUGCUGUAAACACUUG